AUGACUUUUUUGAUUGCUUUCCUGAAAUUGAAACACAGGCCAAAAUCGUCACUCUGCUCAAGAAAAGAAGUUGAUUUUACAGCCAACGACCUCGCUCAAUUUAUCGAUGAACAAUAUUAUCUGAUUACACAAACAGUGAAAGAUGAUGGUGCUCCUUUCGUUCGUUCCCCAGCUGCCUGUCGGUUAGAACUUCGUCGGUGGGGUGCACGUUUUGAACAAAACGGAAACCGUCCUUACUUUGAAGGACAUGAAAGAGCCGACGUGAUUCAACAUCGUGCUAAAUUUAUUGACUACUUUCUCGGAAGAAAAGACCAUUACUAUACGAUCACAGAUGGUGAUUCGCCGAAAUGGACAAUACCGUGCAAAACUCCAUCCGCAGUUCUUUUUUUAUCAUUAUCAACACGUGUUAUGUCUCAAGAGAUAACUAAAGAUCCAUUUGAAUUUUGGAAUUCACCGUCAGCAGCAUCCCAUGAUGGGCACUAUAAUGAUGAAAUUAAGAAUAAACUGAAUUUAUUAUUAACGAAUACUGAACGAAUUAAAGAAACUGUUUGA